UUUUUAAUAAUAAAAUUGUGACCUCAUUGCCACACUUUAAAACACUGCCAUUAACACGCUAAUUGCAAUGAUCAAAGAGAGGGAGGAAGGAAACGUGUUGUUGUUUACAAUCUCGCCCGGUCUCGAAACGUCAUCGCACUCUUCCGCUCUUUCCACGCGGGCUGUUUACACAGGGAAAAAAGAAACCUCCGCUUCUGAAAUCGUUUAUUUUCAGCCUAUUUCUCAUCGGCAGCAGCUUCCAGAGUAAGAGGUCCACACCGUCGUCGUCGUCCACACCAAGCAAGAGAUCGGUCGUGAAAAUCUCAACCGCGCAAGAUCACGAACACAGUUCACACGAUCACGAACACAGGACGAGGGCCAGUGUGAAACGACUCUCACGACACACAGAGCAAAAGUGUAUAAGCGUCAGCUGCUCGCGGGUGGAAAUCAGUCAGUUUUUCACACGCAUCCGGAACGGCCGUAUCGUGCGAGACGGAUCCAUUUGCCAUCGAUUUGAUUGGUGGCUGUAGUGCGGAAGAACUUGCCGGCUUUGUAACUUGCAAGUGGAAGAUUGUGCCGAAAGCAGUCAAAGUAAACCAUCCCGAGGCGCUCUUUUAUCGCAUUUUCCAAUCGCAAAUUACAUCAUUGGUGCCAGCAGCAGAAUGGACGAUUCCAUUGACGAGGAGGUGAUCUCCGGCGGCUCAACCAUCACCGUCGAGUUCAGUGGUGGAGCGGAAACUCUUUUCGGUGGUGUGAAGGAACACAUCGUACCGUUGGAUGGAUCGAAAAUAGUAUUGCUCGAGGAAAUGCUCCGAUGGCUAAGGGAUCAUCUGCUCACAGGUGAUGCUGGUCUGUUCCUCCAGGAAAACACCGUCCGCCCCGGCAUUCUGGUCAUGAUCAACGAUACCGACUGGGAUCUGAUGGGCGAAACGGAGUACAUCCUGCAGCCUGGCGAUCAUAUCCUCUUCAUUUCCACCCUCCAUGGCGGAUAAGCACCAUGGUCGGGAAACGAUACCUGUGAUAUACACUACUUCUACUACUACUACUACCACACUGCAGUAUCAAGUGCUGCUGCUUCUAACUACAACUACUUCAACUGCGCCCGAUCUAAAUGCCGCAUGGAUCGUGAGAUAUUGUUAUGAUAUGGGAUGGGCGGUUUCUUUUUUAAUAUUACCUUAGUGUUAAGAGUGAACUGGUCUUCGUCCCUCUGUUUCCCCCUUUUGACCGUACGAUACGCGCUGUUGUUUGUUGUCGUUCAGUAGCAGUAGCCCCUCUCACAUGCGCAGAGCGGUACGCAAAGAAAACGGCGCGCCAAACAGGACAGACGAUUAAUCCUCGCUGCUGAUAAUAGAAAGUAAGGCUGACGUCACGGACACAGUGAGAAGCUUCUCGAGCAUUAUCGUACUGUUGAUUGCGCGUUUUUAUUUAACUCAUUCGCCAACACAGCCCUCCCGUAGGCGUAGCUUGAUCGCGUGAAAUGAUCGCACUGUCGGUAGAAGCAGUAGUUAGAUUGAAAGGAAGGAGGGAAGGAAGGGGCACGAAACAGAUGCACAAAAGUAACUCGUUUGAUUUUGGUUUUAAAAUUAAUACUAAGCAGAUCACUCUACUACUGUACGUACAAGUAAACCCUGACGGCGCCCCGCGACACACGCGAUUUUCCCACCCUGGUUUCGCAAGCCGAGGGGAAGUUUCUUUUUGUAUACAAAUAUCCCCUUCUUGUUUAUAUAGUACUGAAGGAGUAGGAAAGAUUCAGUGAAGGAGAGGAAGAGAGAGAGAGAGGGAGUUUAAUGGAGAAAUAUAUACCAAUUUAAGCAGAUUA